AUGUCCCAAGAGCUCAGCUUCGACAAGGUCUCGGUCGACAAGCAGGCCGUAGACACUCUCGAGGUUGACCAAUCUCCUGGAACCGCAAACGUCGAACCGCUCGCGACUCCAGUCGUCUACAGGCUCUACAAACGAAGAUGGCUCGGUAUUAUUACUCUCGUUCUUUUUAAUGUCGUCUGUGGCAUGAACGGCCAAUUCUUUGGUCCAAUCACCACCAAUAUUGUCAAUCUCGUCUACGUUCCAGUAACUUUCCUAACCGUUCACAUAACCAAGAAAGUGGGGAUCAGAAAGACACUUCUGCUUGGAGGUGUCCAGUUGCUGUUGGCCAACUGGAUCCGUGUUGCAGCCAUUUCUCCAAAGCUAUCUCCGGACGGUCGAUAUGCAAUCCUCAUGAUCGCACAAGUUUUCAUCGGCUUUGCUCAAGGCUCUUGCCAAAUCAUCACCGUUCGCUACUCUGAGCUCUGGUUCGACGUCCGUACCCGAGUGGUCGCGACAAUGUUGACAAAUAUCUCCAAUCCCUUGGGAGGCGCCAUUGGCUCUCUGGUUCUUCCACAGGCUGCCAACGUCAAGUGGGCAAUUUUGAUUGGUGCCUUUGUUGCAACCGCCGUCUUCCCAGCCGGCUUCCUCAUCCAGGAACAUCCUCCCACAGCUCCAACGUUUGCCGGCUCGACCAAGUCGCCUGGCAUGAAGAGUCUGCUACGUGCUUUGUUCGGAAAGGAGCCCGUAGAGAGUUCGCAAUACAUGGAUCGACGCGACAGAAUCGAUUUUGCCCUCAUUUUCAUGGUAUUUGGUGUGUUCUGUGCCGCGACGACAUCUUGGUCCAAUUUUGCCAACCAAGUCUUUGGUCCUUAUGGCUACACAGAGACUCGAGGCAAGCAGAUCGGUCUAUUCUCUGCAACGAUCCUGCUUGCAGGCAUUGUUGCUGCGAUUACAGGGGCGCCUGUUCUCGGUCGUGUGUUUGGAAAGAGGCUCCCCUGGGCUGUUCGCAUAUUCCUCCCGAUUAUCUCUGCCUGCUGGAUUGCGCAAAUCUGGAACGUCAAGCCCAACAAUGACGGUGCCAUCUUUGCGACGAUGGCAAUCAUUGGCAUCUGCUCCUUCUUGUUACUCCCAAUCGGAUUAGAACUUGGUGCAGAGGUUACGAGAAAUGCCGAGGGCUCGUGUGGCCUGCUCUGGCUCAAUGUCAACUUUAUAAACUUUAUCUGGAUUCUGGUCGAAGAUGCCCUUCGAGCAGGUCCCGACGCUAACCCUCCAGAGAAUAUGACACAAGCUUUGAUAUUCAACGGAUCUACCAUCGCCGCGACCGCAUUCGUUUUCCUCCUCGGCUUCCGCGGUGAACAGAAGCGAAGAGAAAUGGAUAUCGACAAGCUGAAGGAAGCUUACCGUGAUGACGAGGCGCACCCCGGCCAGCAUUCGGCCCAAGUCCCAAUCCCAUCAGAGUAG